CUCGAGUCAUCCGCGCCCAUGCCUGGAGCCAUCUAGGGUGUCCCUUCUCACUUCGUAUUGUUCUUUUGCCUCGCCUACCUGCUUUGCAUCUUCAAUGCUCUCGCUUUUGUUUGUUUAUUACUCGUCCCCUCUCCGCCUCACUGGUGUGUCUGCAAUAUUGUGCCUAUUGUGCCCAUCGCCUGUAUCAAAGACGUCGAGGCCAACGUUGUCGCCGGCCAUGAGGUGAUGCCCGCUCAAUAAUCCUGGCUGUUGCAUUUCAUAUCGAUUCGACCCCGGACGUUGCACUCGACUUGCGCAAAUCUGUCGAAAAGAGGGACUCCGUGGAUCAACCUUGUUGCUGGCCAAACAUACCACACGGCCCACCAUUAAAAGUGUUGACCAUCGACUUGCGGUCAUCUUUAUUUUCGAGUCAGCAUUUGUCGGGGCGCCCAUCUGGUCGCCGCGCUGUGCUGUGUUUGCGACUUGAGCGCUGGAGAGGUAUCAGGAAGACUGGGGUGGCGGCACCAUGAAUUAUCAGUAUACUACGUCGGGGUCUUUGCAGCCAAUGUCGGCCUCCAUCAGCCUUCCACCCAUUAGCAGCAUCGACUUCAAUGCCCAGCAGAUUCAAAGAACUUCACCAGACGUGGUACAACCACUACCACCACCUCCCCCGGCCGCACCCCGUGUGCUACCACCACUACCAUAUCCCUAUGCUGUCCGACCUGCUCCUCCCCCACCGCCGCCCAUGGUCCACGAUUACAUGCAUGCGCGGCCUAUCUAUCCUGGAAUGCCCGCUCCCUACCAACAUAUGCCCGGGCGCAUGCCUCUGCCCUCAACCUCCGAUCCAAAUUUAAUUGUUGCCCCGACUCGACACAAGGCCAAGGAAGUCAAAAGGCGCACCAAAACCGGGUGUCUGACCUGCCGAAAGCGACGCAUUAAAUGUGACGAAGGUCGACCUGAAUGCAGAAAUUGCAUGAAGAGCAAACGUGUGUGUCAAGGCUACGAUCCUGUCUUUCAAGCCCAGGGGCCACACUCCAUUCACCCUGCGCCACCCGUGUCCUCUGCACCUGGUCACAACAGUGGCGGUACCCCUACUUCCACUUCAAUCAACCAUCAAUCAAGGAGAUUUGUCGCCACUCCUAUCAGUCCACCGGUGUCAAAUCAUAGCUCGAACGUGAUCAAUAACAGUCCUCGAGAUCACCAAGAGUAUCCUUUCCCACGGCCACCAGAACAAGUGUUACCUCAUCUCAAUCAGCCAUACCACCUGGAUGGUAUUGCCCAACCCGGAUAUUCCUAUCCCACACCUGGACGUCUUCAGUAAUGGCCGACAUUGAACCGCAUCCGGCCAGUCGGACGAUUGACUCCAUCUGUACGAUCCCGGGCACUCGCAUCCCCAAUAUUCCUCCAAUCCCGCCGGAUUCCAUCCCCAAUGAAGAUGAAAUCCACCGGUGGUAUGACAACAACUUUGCACCCAGUCUGGACAAGCUGCUGGACUCGGGCUCCUCCAAGUGGUUUUCCACUCGAGGCUUCCAAUUACUCUUCAGCGACCGUAGUCGCCUCGGUAGUGUCUUGGCGUACUUGACCCUGGUUAGUAACCAGGGAAAUAAUCCCUCGACGGACAAUGCUUCUCUGGCCAGCCAAGAAGCUCGAGUGACUUGGAUGCUGAUGGAAUUAUGUGUCCGGUCCGACCACGACGCAGGGGAGGAGGCUGACAAGCUGGCACGACGGUGCCAGGCGUUGGGUGCAAUCUUGACCGCUCAGCCGUUGACCAACCCUACCGCGUCUCUUGCCGAAUUUGUCCAUCAGGACGAGACGGAACCAGAGACCAAGAUGGGGGUGUUUGAGAAGCAAGUUUCGCGAAGAGCCGACGAAUUUUGGAAGCUGGUGGAAAUGGCAGCAGCCAACCAGGCCACUGACGGCUCAGGAGUAUCAUUGGCCGCUUUACGGCAGAUCCAGCCUUAUCGUGACCAGCGAGAAAAUCGCGACAUCAUCUACAGCAUCAUGUUAUUGGGCUCCAAACAGGCGGGUCAAAGUGAACUGUCAUCGGAGCAAGGAUUAGUGAGAACCUUUUUGCAGAAUGAGGCAAGAGGACGUGCCACGAAUUUGGUGUUUUCGACUCUUUCCGGCAUGGCGUUGAGGGCGUUCCCAUCAUAGGGGGAAGUCAAUCAUUCUUUGGAUUGGAGGGAGGAGGAAUGAGGAGAAAGAUAGAGAGGGAGGUGUGUGAUAUCAAUCUUUGUCAAAUGGCGAGCGAGCUACGGCUUUUCAUGAGCGGAACCCACAUUACUGUGAUGGCAUUUUCUAUGUACGAACGACACUGGUUUUUUUCUGCAUUCUCAUCCACUGGUACUUGCAUCUAUGCGUGGAUGUUCUUGAAUUCAUUUGCUUGGGGAGGAAGGGGAGGGGGGUUCAGAUUUGAAAGAGCAAAACCACGAAAGGAGAACAAAAACAGAAGACCUCCCCUCGAAGAUCUGGAACUCUCUCGCUCACCCUUGAUUUUUUUCCCUUUUGAUUUCAUUUUUCCACUUCGUCCGUUAUAUUCCCCUUUUUGGAAAGAGCAUGAAAAGCGGAUUGAGCGAGCAAUUUUGCAGUUGGAAUUUGCGCGACCAAGAAAGAUAUCCAAGGAACACAUCUCAAGCAUGGAGGUAAUGUAUAUAUUUCAUCAUUGCAAUGUCUCUUUUUCUCAUGUUCAAGAGGUAAAUAGAUCCAACCUACACUAGCACUACAUACAUACAGACCUGG